CUGACAGCUAACUUCUUCACUCGGCAAAACUUAAAAACACGAGAAAAGUUGUGGACUACUUUUUCCUCCUAGUCCUACUACACUCCUAGUCUCCUACUACUACAUUACAAUAAUGCAAGCCAUCGUCUUCGUUCAGUCUUCACUCUUAUCUCUCUCUUCACAAAUUAUCUCACAUUUGUGCCAAUUUAUGUUGCAAUCUAAAGCUUAUUUUCCUAAUGUAUGAUGUAUACAUUUCCUAGUCUCCUACUACUACAUUACAAUAAUACAUUUCCUAUCUCUUUCAUUUGAUCAAAUUUUUUUAUCUGGGCUGCCAAAAGUUUUCCCAUUCUUCAUCUCUCAGUCAACAUUAAUCACUUUGAAUUGUUUGUUUUUCCAAAGAUUUUAUUUUUCUACCCACCAAUAACAUUACACUCACAUAUAUUCUUAAUCACAAAUUAAUUACAUGUUUCUCUUGUGAAGCAGUCAAAUCUGUAGGGUUUGAAAGUAAUCCCAUUUCCCAGAUUUUGCUUUUUUACUUCGCUUUUUAUUGGGUCAACAAAUUCCUAUAAUUCUCAAGUCCAAAAUUCCAAACCCAGAAAAAUCUGAAAAAAAAGUAGUUUCAAGAAAAUAAACCCAAUUUCUAUUACUACUUAUAGUUCUCUAAAGUUGGAUAUCUUGCAUUUUUUUCUUGAAUCUUUUUGCUUGAGUAUAGCAGAUUUGGGUUUUAUAUUUCAAAGUUUGCUGCUUUUUAGGGGACUUGUGCACAAACACUUGGUGGGAAUUUCAUAACCAAAUAAAAUAACAUCAUUGGAAAUUUCUGUGUUUAGAUGUCAAUUUCAGGCACACAAAUUCUUCAUAAGCCCACAGUUUUCUCUCUAUAAAUGGUAUGUUUUUCUUAUUGAAUGUACAUCUUGCCUACUUUAGUUGGAAAAUAUGGUAUUUGAAACCAUAGAAUGAUGGAACUAUGAUGUACAAUAGUUUGUCAAUAUACCAUUUAGUUUCCCUCUUGCUUCAGAUUCCUAAUUUCUUCACAUUUCUUGCAUUUUCCUGCCAAUUGUCAUUAUGUAACUGAAUAUUUUGUUUCAGAUACUACAAAUUAGUGAAAAACUGAAAACUACCCAGUGUGAAUCCCAAAUUAAAUUGUGUCUGACUUCCAAAAUGCUCAAUAAAUGCAUUUUUUGUGGUAGUUCAGCCCUACCCCUACUACUUUGCUUAUAUUUUGUAUCAGUUCUGCUGUCAGUGGUUGUAUCUGAAAUUGUUCUGGGCUCAAAGCUUUCUGUUACUGAAAAUAAAUUGUGGGUUUCAUCCAAUGGGGAUUUUGCUUUGGGUUAUUUCAACAAUCCAGAUCAUCCUAAUCAAUAUAUUCUAGGAAUUCGCUUCGAUUCGGAUUCUAUACCAGUUGAUAAGCAAGUCAUAGUUUGGGUUGCUGGUGCAGAGCUUACUGUUAGUAAUCAAUCCUAUUUUCAGCUCACACAGGAGGGAGGACUAGUUUUAUUUGAUUCCUCGAAUGGCGGAGUUGUAUGGACGAGUGACACUUCUGGGAAAUCUGUUUCUUCUGCAUUGCUCCAGGAUGAUGGAAAUUUGGUUAUUUUGGAUGGAAACAAGGAUGUGGUGUGGCAAAGCUUCGAUACACCGUCUGAUACCCUUUUGCCAGGACAAAAUUUAUCGGUCCACAAAAUGCUUCGUGCUCAGAGUAGAAGCUCAGUUUCGAGUUACUAUAGUCUAUACAUGAGUGAGUUGGGGAAGCUGGAGCUGAGGUGGGAAACCAGUGUGAUAUACUGGGUAAGUGGAACCCCUUCAAAUGUUUCACUUAGGGCUUCUCUUAGCUCCAAUGGCUCUUUCCAACUUCUUGAUGAAAGAUCUGAAGCUUUUUGGUCUGUAUUCGCGGAAGAUCACAAUGACAAUGUGAAGUUCCGGUUUCUUAGGUUAGAUGUUGAUGGGAAUCUUCGAGUCUACUCAUGGGAUGAAGAUUCAGUAUCAUGGAGAUCGGUGUGGCAAGCUGUUGAGAAUCAGUGUAAUGUUUUUGCAACAUGUGGUGAUCAUGGGGUAUGCUCCUUUGGCAAAUCUGGCCUUGCUAUAUGCAAAUGCCCAUUUAGAUUAACAAUGGAGUCUAACUCGAAGUGUUUGGCGCCCUUUGAGCAGAGCUGUGAUACUAGAGUUAGUAUGGUGGGAUACAAGCACACUUCACUUUAUGGGAUUUACCCGCCAAAUGAUUCAGUCAUCAUAACCAGUUUAGACUCUUGCCGGAGUUUGUGCAAGAAAGAUCCGCUGUGUACAGCUGUGACAUACUUGAAUGAUGGAACUGCACAGUGUCGGAUCAAGAAAACUCAGUAUAUUACUGGUUAUAUUGACCCAUCUCUGAGUUCGAUAUCCUUUGUUAAGACAUGUAUGGAUCCCUUAGCAGUUCUUCCUAACACAUCCCCUGCUGCUGCUUCUCCUUCGUCACCCUCUCUUUCUUCCUCCAAACCUAAGAAGUCUUAUAGAUUGCCAAUCCGUUUUCUGAUCGAUGCAGUUCUGUUUGGCUUCUGUGCGUUUAUUGUGCUUCAGAUAGCUGUUGGAAUAUGGGUCUACAAAUGGAGAGUAGCAAUUGUCAGGAAGCAAGCUAGUUCACCUUAUAAUGGUCUAAUAUCUGCUGGCUUGGUCAGAUGGACAUAUGCAGAAAUCAAGGAGGUAACUCAAAACUUCAAGGAUCAAUUAGGGCCACACUCUUUUAAAGCCUUGCUUCAGAAAAACCAACCUGCUUUAGUCAAGAAACUAGAUACACAAAUCGAAGAUAGGAGAUUUAGAUCUAUAGUUUCAAUCAUUGGAGGCAUUUCUCAUAAGAAUUUGGUGAAGCUGGAGGGUUACUGUUGUGAGUCAGGACACAGAUGUUUGGUCUACGAGUUUCUAAAGAACGGCUCAUUAGAAGAGUUCAUGUGUGAUCUCGAGUCAUGCAAAAGGCUUACUUGGAGAAAUAGAAUGUUAAUAUGUCUUGGUGUUGCAAAAGCCAUUUCUUAUCUGCAUACAGAAUGUAGGGAUUUUGUAAGCCACGGGAAUUUGAAAUGUGGAAAUGUAAUGUUGAAUGAAAACUUGGAAGCUAAGGUCACAGAAUUUGGCUUGCAAAAACUAGAUGGCAUUGACACUUAUGCAGAGAAAGAUGUGGAAGACUUUGGUAAGAUAGUACUCUAUCUCUUAAGUGGGCGCCAAAGUAGUCAUGAAGAUGUUUGUGAGUGGUCUUACAACAAAUGGGUUAGUGGUUACGGAUGGAGGGUUGUGGAUAAGAGGAUUGAAGGUGAAGUAGAGUUUGAAGAACUAGAGCGCGCCCUUAGAAUCGCGUUCUGGUGUUUGCAAUUCGAUGAAAGAAUGAGACCGUCAAUGGGUGAAGUUGUGAAUGUUCUAGAGGGUACAUUAACAGUUGAACCCCCGCCGCCUCCAUUUCACUCGAGAACUUUACAGGAAGACAGAUUAACAGGAGCAGAACUAGCUUGAAGAUUUUAAUCCUGCCCAUGCAUAACAGUACUAACUUAAUGGUAAGAAUUCUGUAGAAUUUUGAAGGGAUAGAUGGGUUUGUAAAGCUUUUGACCUCACAUUAGGGCAUGCAAAUGUUUUCUUUGCAUUUAGUUGAGGAAAAGACUGACAGUAUGCUUGUCAAAUUGUCACUUAUGUAUGGCAAACAUUUCUAUACAGCUCUGAUUCUUACUAUCUAAAUUUUGAGUUGCUAAAUCCAAUUAUUUCAUAUUGUAUUUCAGA